AUGAAAAAAAAUGAGCCUACACUUUUCAAAAUUGGUAUCCCCAAACCAGAAAAAACUUUUAUCAACAAUGAGAAAAAUUGGCCAAAUGCGGGAAGCGUUUGUCAAACUUUACCAGGACAGAUUAAUUUAUCGGGGAGUAAGAUUAGUAAAUUGAGACCCGCAACUAAAAAGUCUAGUAAUGAUUAUUUAUUGGUUGUCACCAGCCGUCCUGAAACUAUUUUUGCGGAUGUGGCUUUAUUGGUUAAUCCCCAAGACCAAAGAUACCAAAAAUAUUUAGGCCAACAGGUUCAACAUCCCUUCACGAAAAAAAUUAUACCAAUUUUAGCUGACCAAAGCGUGAAAAUAGAUUUUGGCAGUGGGGUUUUAAAAUGCACGCCUGGUCACGAUUUUACUGAUUAUGAAUUAGGCAAAAAACACCAAUUACCCCUAAUUAGUUGCUGUAAUGAAAAAGGAGUUUUAAAUGAAUUAGCGGGACCUUACCAAAAACAAGUAAUUGGUAGUGUUAGAGAAAAAUUAGUAGCCGAAUUAACCAAUCAAGGUGUUUGUGAAAAAAUAGAAAAUUACGAAACCAACUUGGUUUAUUCUGCCAAAUCAGGAGUGAUAAUUGAACCUCUACUUUCGCGACAAUGA